ACUCAACACAUUUUUCAGCCAUUCAAUCCAUCUCUCCUCCUUCUAUAUAUAUACUGACACAUAUAUAACACCUUCAUAUUUAUUAACACAUCCCACCUACACUCUAGUCUACUGAUAGCUUUGCUAUUUGUAAAAUUUACUUAACAGUUAUAUAUAUAAAUAUAUAACUGUUAGUUGUUUUUUUAUCUUUCACCACAUUAUUAGACGUGUACAAGUUAACUAGUACGUUCAAAUGGAGAACAACGGACACGUAAAUGGGGUGGCUGCGGAGUUCUGCAUUAAGGAUCCGUUGAACUGGGGGGUGGCGGCCGAGGCGUUGACCGGGAGCCACCUUGAUGAGGUGAAGAGAAUGGUGGCGGAGUUCAGGAGGCCGGUGGUGAGAAUUGGGGGAGAGACACUUACAGUGUCUCAGGUUGCGGGGAUCGCGGCCAGCGAGAGCUCCAGUGUAAAAGUGGAGCUCUCAGAGGCCGCGAGGGCCGGUGUAAAGGCGAGUAGUGAUUGGGUUAUGGAGAGUAUGAAUAAAGGGACUGAUAGUUAUGGUGUUACCACUGGUUUUGGAGCCACUUCACACCGCCGGACUAAGAAUGGUGGUGCUCUUCAGAAGGAGCUCAUCAGAUUUUUGAACGCUGGAAUAUUCGGCAACGGUACAGAAUCAAGCCACACACUACCACAUUCAGCAACAAGAGCUGCCAUGCUAGUAAGGAUCAACACCCUCCUCCAGGGUUACUCCGGCAUCCGAUUCGAGAUCUUGGAAGCCAUCACCAAGUUACUCAACACCAAUGUCACCCCAUGUUUGCCCCUCCGCGGCACCAUCACCGCCUCGGGCGACCUGGUCCCGCUUUCCUACAUCGCGGGACUUCUCACUGGUCGCCCGAACUCCAAAGCCGUCGGCCCCAAUGGUGAAACCCUAAACGCCGAAAAGGCGUUUAAGGUAGCCGGUGUGGACGGUGGUUUUUUCGAGCUACAGCCAAAAGAAGGGCUAGCACUUGUUAAUGGUACCGCGGUGGGGUCCGGGAUGGCUUCCAUGGUUCUUUUUGAAGCCAAUGUUCUUGCAUUGUUGUCCGAAGUGUUGUCUGCGAUUUUCGCGGAGGUUAUGCAAGGAAAGCCCGAGUUUACGGACCAUUUAACGCAUAAACUAAAGCACCAUCCCGGCCAGAUUGAGGCGGCCGCGAUAAUGGAGUACAUUUUAGAUGGAAGUGAUUACGUUAAGGCCGCGCAAAAGGUCCAUGAAAUGGACCCUUUGCAAAAACCUAAACAAGACCGUUACGCGUUAAGAACCUCGCCUCAAUGGCUCGGCCCACACAUUGAGGUCAUUCGAUCAUCGAAUAAGAUGAUCGAGAGAGAGAUUAACUCGGUCAACGACAACCCGUUGAUCGAUGUUUCUCGGAACAAAGCUUUACAUGGUGGCAACUUCCAAGGGACUCCCAUUGGAGUUUCUAUGGACAACACACGUUUGGCUAUUGCUUCUAUUGGGAAGCUCAUGUUUGCGCAAUUCUCGGAGCUUGUAAACGAUUUCUACAACAACGGGUUACCUUCGAAUCUGUCUGGCGGACGGAACCCUAGCUUGGAUUACGGGUUUAAAGGAGGGGAAAUCGCGAUGGCUUCGUAUUGUUCUGAGCUCCAGUUUCUUGCUAACCCAGUGACAAACCAUGUCCAAAGCGCGGAACAACACAAUCAAGAUGUGAACUCAUUGGGAUUGAUUUCAGCUAGAAAAACAGCUGAAGCUGUUGAAAUCUUGAAGCUAAUGUCCUCUACAUACUUGGUGGCUCUAUGCCAAUCCAUUGACUUAAGGCAUUUAGAAGAAAACAUGAAGUCAACGGUAAAGAACACCGUAAGCCAAGUAGCGAAAAAGGUCCUAACCAUGGGCGCCAACGGCGAGCUCCACCCCUCAAGAUUCUGCGAAAAGGAGUUACUUCGAGUCGUCGAUAGAGAGUAUGUUUUCGCAUACAUCGACGACCCUUGCAGCGCCACAUACCCGUUAAUGCAAAAGCUUCGACAAGUCUUGGUCGAUCACGCCUUAAACAACGGCGAACACGAGAAGAACACUAGCACUUCCAUCUUCCAUAAGAUCAGCGCUUUCGAAGAGGAACUAAAAGCCCUUUUGCCUAAGGAAGUCGAGGGUGUUCGCCUCGCGUAUGAAGAUGGUACAUUGGCCAUUCCUAACAGGAUCAAAGCUUGUAGAUCAUACCCAUUAUACAAAUUUGUGAGGGAGGAGCUUGGAGCGGGUUUCUUGACCGGGGAAAAGGUGACAUCACCUGGUGAGGAGUUUGAUAAGGUGUUUACAGCAAUGUGCAAAGGCCAAAUCAUUGAUCCAUUACUAGAGUGUGUUGAGGGUUGGAAUGGUGUUCCUCUUCCAAUCUCUUAGUUGUAACCAUUUGGUUUCUGUUUUCCUUUUUUGAAUAUGUUACAUGCUUUGGUUGGAGUUUAAAGGUUCAAAAUUGUACCAUUUGACUAUGAUGUAUAUUUAUGGUUAUUAAUGAAUUUGAAGACCACAUUAUGUAA